AUGUUGUACGAAUUAAUUUCAGUGACCAGCUCUAAUGAAGCCCAACCUACACCAUCGAAAUUGGUGCAGAUCCCAUCUUCAGGGACGGAUACCAACCACGGAUUUCAAGAGCUAGAGCAGCUAUCUGAAUAUUUCCAAUCAAACAGAUCCAAGCGCGCUGCACCGCCUCUAACUGGUUCAGUGAAACGGGGUCCAAACGCCGAUUUGAGAGAGGCCUACAGACUACUCAGCCAACACAACGAGCCGUUGAAACUAUAUGGAGAAACGACUGCAGACGUCAUCGAAAGGGCGAAGUCGCUGAUUAGAUUAUACGAAGGCCAAUUAUUUUCAGAUAUUCCUUCUAUAAACCUGAAUUCGCAUCCCAAUGAGUUAAUUUUAUCAUUUAUCCGGACAUGUUUAAGUGUAUGGGGCGAGAAUAUAGUUAGAAGUAGAAGCGAUUCGAAAUUGUACAGCUCGUCGCAGCAGGCGUUGGCGCCACUGAUUAAAAUGCUCAGCAUGGAUACGCUGACGACGGACAUCCGUGAUAAACUGGCGUCGGUGGUUCAGCACUGCGUGAAGAGAGAGUAUAAGCUUGCUCAUGACGUAUACAUCUUAUUGUCUAUCGGUAAUAAGCCAUGGCCCAUGGGUGUUACAAUGGUCGGUAUUCAUGAGCGCGUUGGCAGAAGCCGCAUUGCAUCGUCAGAAAUCGCACACAUCUUGAAUGAUGAAGUAACCUGCCGAUACAUCCAGACGUUCAAGAGAUUAAUGUCGCUAUGUCAGGUGUGGCAUCCGGUAUCCGACCCAUCGCAAAUGAUUAGCAUCAGCACACGCAGCGACCUUCCUGAAUUGCCGUCUAGUUCGUGA